UCUUUUCACUCUCUCUUCUUUCUCUCUCCUCCCUCCCUCUCUUCCUCACCCGCCCCCUUUCUCUCUCUCCCUCUGGCUCCUUCCUCUCCACUCCUCGGCUGUUGUCUCGGCGGCCCGUCAGGCGAGAGCGGGGAUCUCGCGAGUGUUGGAGUUUGGGUGAGAGUUUGUGGAAGAUGGCGCCUGUUGUGACAGGGCUUGGAACUGGCACCUGAAGGUGAUGAAUGCCAAAAGAACACAACAGAUAAAAGAGGAAAAAAAAGUUUGCAUAGAAGAAUGAAGAGACUACAGAGGAAGUUUGGGGAGCGACCUCAGCCACAACGCCUAACAAGAGAAGCAAUGCGGAAUUACCUAAAGGAACGAGGUGAUCAAACAGUACUAAUUCUACAUGCAAAAGUUGCACAAAAAUCCUAUGGAAAUGAAAAAAGGUUUUUCUGUCCUCCACCGUGUGUUUACUUAAUGGGAAGUGGGUGGAAGAAAAAGAAAGAACAAAUGGAACGAGAUGGCUGCUCUGAACAGGAAUCCCAGCCAUGUGCGUUUAUUGGGAUUGGAAACAGUGACCAAGAAAUGCAGCAGUUAAAUUUGGAAGGAAAGAAUUAUUGCACAGCCAAAACUUUGUACAUAUCUGACUCUGACAAGAGAAAGCACUUCAUGUUGUCUGUGAAAAUGUUUUACGGUAAUAGUGAUGACAUCGGCGUAUUCCUCAGUAAAAGGAUUAAAGUCAUCUCCAAACCUUCCAAAAAGAAACAGUCCUUGAAAAAUGCUGACUUAUGUAUUGCAUCAGGCACAAAGGUGGCACUCUUCAAUCGACUUCGCUCUCAGACAGUGAGCACCAGGUAUUUGCACGUUGAAGGAGGGAAUUUCCAUGCAAGUUCACAGCAGUGGGGAGCCUUCUACAUACACCUGUUGGAUGAUGAGGAGUCAGAAGGUGAAGAAUUCACAGUACGAGAUGGCUAUAUUCAUUAUGGUCAGACCGUCAAGCUUGUGUGCUCAGUAACUGGCAUGGCACUUCCCAGACUGAUAAUUCGGAAAGUGGAUAAACAAACAGCAUUGCUAGAUGCGGAUGACCCAGUAUCACAGCUCCAUAAGUGCGCUUUUUAUUUGAAGGAUACAGAAAGAAUGUAUCUGUGCCUUUCUCAGGAGAGGAUAAUCCAAUUUCAAGCCACUCCAUGCCCAAAAGAACCAAACAAAGAAAUGAUCAAUGAUGGAGCUUCAUGGACAAUCAUCAGCACAGACAAGGCAGAAUAUACCUUCUACGAGGGGAUGGGCCCUGUCCAUGCACCAGUUACUCCAGUGCCUGUGGUAGAAAGCUUACAGCUAAAUGGUGGUGGGGAUGUGGCAAUGCUGGAACUUACUGGACAGAAUUUCACCCCAAAUCUUCGCGUUUGGUUUGGAGAUGUAGAAGCUGAAACUAUGUACAGGUGUGCAGAGAGCAUGCUUUGUGUUGUGCCGGAUAUUUCUGCAUUCCGCGAGGGAUGGCGGUGGGUUCGUCAGCCGGUCCAGGUUCCUGUCACUUUGGUCCGUAACGAUGGGAUUAUUUAUUCCACCAGCCUUACUUUCACAUACACACCAGAGCCAGGGCCCAGACCACACUGCAACGCUGCUGGGGCCAUCCUUCGGGCAAACUCGAGCCUGAUGGCAUCCAGCGAUACCAACACAAACAGCGAGGGAAGUUACACAAGUGUCACCACAAAUUCUACCAAUGUCACAUCAUCAGCAGCAACGGUAGUAUCUUAACCUUCAAACUGACACAAAAGACUUAAAACUGACUUUUCAAGUGCUGCAUAAGGAAAGAAGAAAAAGAAAAACUAAUCUUCGGCACCCCUUUGUGGUUUCCUAGGGACACUCCUGUUUGAUCUUAUGUGUGGUGUAUUGAAAGCCAAGAUCAAAAACAGGUUCGGUUACGAAACCGCAACAAUGAUACAUCAGCCAUGUAAAAAACUUUAUUAAAGAAAAGUCUAUUUUUCGCUUUUUGUUUUUUUUUUUGUUUGUUUUUUUUAAGGGGCAAGAUGUAUUACUGUGGGUGGGACCUGAAGGUUAAGCAAAGUAGAAGAAAGCAUAUAAAACAUGAUAACAUAGUUUUUAUGGACCAAGGAUAUUGUAUAAGCUUUAGUAAAGGUACAUUUUCACCAUACCUUUUUUGUAUUAAACAUAUAGUACACUUUUGUUACCAAAUAGUUUCUAUUUUUCCUCUGAGCUUUGGCUCUGAAGUAUGUGCAGGUUCCAGUCCUGACCUUGCUUGUAUAUUAUAGCUACCUUACUCUUCCAGUUAAACCUGUAUUUUGGUCUUUGGCUGGAACUUUAUUUUUAUUUUUUGUUUUUUAAACUGAAGUCUUGUGACUUUUUACAAAACUGAAGGUGUGUUAAUUUCAGUAUCACAGAACCUCAAGAGGGCCUGUUUUAUUUUCAGAUAUGAAGUCUUUAAAAUGAAAGCUUUAAGCAAUGCCUCUGCCUUGCCUGCAAUACACCAUGUACACUUUUUAAUUUUAAAAAAGAAAAAAAUACAUGAGCAGAAGCUGCUCCUUCUAGUUCUUCCAUUUUUUUAUUUUCUAGCCUUCUUAUGUAAGUCCUGAAAUCUGUCCAAAGUAUUCACAUUAUCACUUUCUGAAACCAUGUACGAUCAGUGGUGAUAUAUAGUUGAAACUCUACAUCAUUCACCUAAUUAACAAAAGACAAUGGCAGAUGAUUGCUUUUUAAAAUGGUGUUGGUGCAUUACUUCUGUCCAUCAUAGUAUGUAAAUGUAAAGAAUACAGUCAGAUGUAUCUAAAUUAUAUUUAAAGAAGCCUAACCUUUACUGAAGGGCAGCUGUUUUGUUCUUCAGUGGUUUAGAACUCAUGACAGUGUAUAUAUGUUUUGUUUUGUUUUGUUUUUUUGCUCUUUAGUGUAUCCCUGCUGCACCAUUUUUGUCUUCCUGGUAUCAUUCUUAUUUAUAUCUUAACCCCAUUUUCUUGAAUCCAGAAAAAUUCUGAAUAAUGUGCUCAAUGUCAUGAGGUUUCAGAGACUGAUACUUAAAUUUGUUGUGGCCUUACUACAAAUUUUGUGUAAAGUGUGUUUCUAAGUGUUUUUUAAUCGCCUACAGCCAUUUGCUCUUUUCUAUUUUGCCUUUCAUUUUUAGCAGCUGACUUUUUAUUUUUUACUUUUUUUAAACAUUUGUGUUAAAGUUCUGAUAUGUGUAUCUUCUAAAGGCUGUCUGGAUACAAAAUUCUUCAUACUGCUUCAUAUUUUUUUAUGUUUCAUGGAAUGUCAGCCUAACAUGCACUGUACAGUUUAUUAUCGUUUAGGUCCUUUGAUGGAAAACAAAUUGGUUACAUUUUUAUUACAUUAAAUGACUUCAGGCUUAUUCUAGCUGCAGCUUUAUAACUCUUAACUAUUUAUCUUGUAUCUGUUUAGCCAUCCUUAUUUUUUAACUGGAAUUGCUGGUCUGUGAUUUGGCGCCAUCUUUCAUUAACUGAAAUUGCCCAAACUAUUUUUUUAAUGCAGCUGUUAUGAUUUGAAGGCACUUACUUUUUCCAUUUAUAGAUGGAAAAUGAAUUUGAAAGCAGCUUCCCUAGCAAGUUCAAAACACCGAGCCAUUGCCUGUCAAGUUGCAAGUAAAGCAAGUACACGUUUACCAGUACCCAGGAGAAAACCUGGCUCGUCACCUCUAUUCAUUCACUAUAGAGUCAUAAGUUCAAAACAAGUGAUCUAGUCUUAAUAUAUAAAGUUUUGAAAUGUUUGUUUCUCCCUGUACAAUGCCUCUUUCUGUUAGUAUCUAAAAACCCUCAGUGUUUUUUUAGAUGUAGGAUUCAUCUAACUUAAAAUAUAAGUCUGACAACAGUUUUUCAAAACAUUGUUUUUCUUUAAGACUAGUGAAGGUUAUAUACAACUAUGUACAAAACUGUGUUGUAGAUCAGUAUAGAAUAAGAUGAUGGCAGAAGUAAAGGACUGACUGAACACUGCCCUUGUAGUGGUUUCCUAGUAAAAGAUUUGUUGCCUGUCAAGUCCUAUAACUGGUAAAAUCAUUAAUUUACAAACUGGAUCUAUAACGGGAAUAUAUCAACCUGAAAAUAAAUAUUGUAAUAUUUUUUUUUUAAUCGUAUGAAAACAUACAAUGCAUACCCCUGAUAUAGAAACCUGGAACUUAAUGAGCUUUAAUCAUCAUUGAAGUAUAUACCACACUUCCAUCAAGCUGUCAAUUCUGCUUUCAUUUUUUGUUUGAUUUCUGUACUUCAAUCAUUUUCACAACAGGAAUGUUUUUUCUUGCAAAAUGUUCAGCAUUAUAAAGCUAAGUGAUUUGGCUUUGUGGGUGUCCAUUAUUCACUUGCAACUGAACCUACUUUAUAAUUGGUGCCCAUUAAUGUGUUUCCUGCAUGAUGCUGUCUUGCAAACUGUGGAUUUGUCUUCAAUGCGACUCAAAUCACUGAACUGAAAGGAUGACAGAAACAGCUUUCGAACAUAUGUUACUGGCAGUAAAAGUUGCCCAAGUAAAAUAAAGGCAUAAGACAACCUUCUUCAGAUUUUUAAUUUUGAGAAAGUCCGCUUACUCAAAAUUAAAUCUGGGUCUGUAUGCAAGUUUCCUUCGGCUAAGCAAAUGACCAAACCCAAAACCUUGUACACCUUGUACCUACUGUACUUGUAUAACAGUAGUAGAAAUAAAACAUGAAAGAUGAAAUCCAAACAUAAGUUUUAAAAACGUAUGCAUUUAUGUUUAUAUAAAAAAUGCAAACAAAAAGAUUAGUAUUGUGUACAUAUUUUAGUGCUCCCAUGCUACAAAAUUGUGCUUCAGUAAAUAGAAAUACAAAAGUAUCUGAAAACCAAUUUUUUCAAAUAAUUUAAACCACUAAUUGAAGAAAUCCAUUGAAACCUCUGAAGAGUAUACAGCCUUUCUGAAAGUUCAUCAUGGACUUAAGUGUUUGAAAUUAAGCUCUAGAAUUGUUUUAUUAAAUGAGGUGACGUAUGGGUUGCCCCAAUGAAAAUUGGUAUGUAAUCCCACUGAUUGGUAACACUUUUCAAAAUAAUUAUAAUGGGGAAUGACUGAUUCAGUCCCCUCCAUGCACUCAGACAGGUUGAGUGAAUAUCUGCCUGAAGCAGGCCUCAAGCAGAAUAUUUAAGACAGUGUAUGAAACACUUCAGCCAGUAGUAGAUCAUGUACAACCAAAUUUCUCAGUACUGUAUUGUGAUUUCAGUUUGUUGCGUCACAAAAGUGUUUGUGUAAAUACAGCGCAUACUGAUAGUUUCAAAUAUUUUGUUUUCAAGUGUUUUUAUUUGCUAUGGCCAUCCUUUAUUCUCCCAGUUAGUUACAAACCCAUUGGCCUAACUGUAGCAAAACAAAAUUUCAGAUGUACACAUAUUAAAAUAUGAAGGUUAUUUUUAUAAAUGACUUUUUUUCCUGAAAAUAAAUUCUCUCAUGUUUUGGGUUAUAAAUACUUUUGACUUAAUUUUUUGUGUCAAUAAACGCAGGGUUAUGUUCAAAUGUUUAGCUAAAGGUAGCUACAUUCACAAAUAUUUAUUUAGCUCUAUAGGGCAAAAUAAUUAAUGGAAGUAAAAACCACCAUUGUUUUUUUAUAUAAGGCAUAUUUUAGUGAUUGAUGAAGAGCAAUAUAAUUGGCAAGAGAAUAUAGGUCAAGCUUUAUUUCUGGUAGCAAUUUCACAUUAUUGGCGUAUCUAAUUGUAUCAAUAUUUAUCUAAACACAAAUGAUCAUCAUUCGUGUCCAUUUGCUAAGGUAUGUUUAGUGCAGUUUUUCAGUGUUCCCAGUGAUUUGUGUGGUCAGUUCAGGUUCAUCCAGCCCAUGUUCAUGAUGUCUUUGCAAGUUCCGCCUUUUUGGACUUCUGGAAUGUCUUCCUUAAUUAUCAGAAACGGUUUUGUACCCAAACGAUGCAAUCUCAACAAUUCUCGUAAAACCUAGAUAUAUUAGCAAAAUGGCAAUACUGUGGGUGGUUUGAAUUAGAACUGAACUAUGUGAAUUGUGAGAAUAACUCUAGUACUGUUAUUUGAAUGACUGCAUAUGUCUUUUGUCCUCCAUUGCAUUUUGGAUAAUACACCUUUAUGAAUAAUAAAGCGUGUUAUGGUUUUGUUCUUUCAUAGAAAAAACAUAUAUUUGAGGGACAUUUCCAUAUUCUCAACUUUUGCAGCAUUUUAUAUACCCAGUAUACAAUGUAAUAUUGUGUUUUUUUAAAUUAUUGUUGAUAGUGCUUACCCUUUGUCUAUUUUGUCCAACAAACAAGUGCAUUAUGCCCCUAAUGCCUGAUGGCCUUUGAAUGAUUAACAAAGGCCUUUUGCUACUGUGGAUUGAUUAAGGAAUGGAUUAAGAAUGUUUGCUAUGAGUCUGCAUAACAAUGUAGUUUCUAGCAUCUCUACGUAGAAUUGCAUGAAUAUCAGAGUGAAACUGAUACCGUUCUUACUGCAAACAGCAGUAACUUUAACCCUUUCUUAUUCUGUUUCUCUAGCUUUCUACAUAAUUAAAUCAAAAGACACAAUCGUUUGUUUAUUUUCAGGCUUUUUAAAGUAAUAACCAUUUUAAUUGCCUUCCUAUUAUAUCUUUAAAUCUGAGAUGUAUAGCUGUAAGCCAUGAUAUUUGGGACAUCUAAUUUCCAUUGAAGCUAAGUUUUUUUUUUUACCCUCAAACACUAUGAAACUGUAAUGAAUUCUUCAAACUGGAAGUGAAAUGAACCUAAACGCUGUCAAUUUUGAUAGGAUAUAUAUGUAAACACAAAUGAUCGUCAUUUUAAAUUAAUUUGACUGUAUAUAUUAAGAGUACUAUAUAGUUAAAGAUGACCUGGGUUUUAACUAGUAAAAGCAUACAUAUUGUUUUUCCAAGAGUAGUUAAGAGUAAAAAACUAAGGUCAAAAGUAGUAACCUUAGUACUUGAUGAUUUGUGUCCACUCGGUUUAUGCAAAAGCAGCCAGAGCAUAUCAUUUGAAUUGGAGGAUGGGAAUACUGAACAAUGUUACACAUCAAGUCGAUAAAGUAAAUAUUCAUGGUGACAAAGCUGACAGAACAAAGACUUUUCAAGUGUUUUUUUUUCUUAUUUUUCAUUUCUUUUCAUUGACCUUUUUCUAAUGUACUUUAGUUGUUUUUCCAAAAGCAGCUGUUUUCAGAUGAGCUCUGAACAAAUAUGUGUACUCUAAUAUGCCAAAUUUUGACUUUGAUUUUCAUGCACUGCUAUAUGGGAUUGAGAGGCAGCUUUAAAAAGAAAUGUUUUCUUAUUAAGCCCUUUGAGAACUGAAUUUGGUUCAGCCUUACAACAUUGUCUGCAUAAUGCACUGCACUCUUGAGUAGUACUCUCACCACUGUGUUAUAUGUAGGUAUUAUCAGAAAGUGUUCUCAGUGCUCAAAGGGUUACGUUGUAGCACAUGUGCAGAUGUAACAUUUUAGCAAUAACGUGAAACAAGGGGACAGUUUUGAUAAGUUUUUUGUACAUAUUGCACCUGCUCAGUUCCAUAUUUCAUUAAACAGAAACCUACAAUAUUGGCAAAAAUCAAGAAAUAAAAACUGAAAUGUAAACCA